AACCACCCCAUAUUCCCUCCCAAAAAUGGAAAUCCAUUUCCAGCAGAAACAAGUCAUCCCUGUGAACAAACUGCCCAAAUUCAAAGGCAGAACCCGAAACAACAACAACUCCAAGUUUGUUGGGGUGAGGCAAAGGCCCUCGGGGCGAUGGGUAGCGGAGAUCAAAGACACGACACAGAAGAUACGGAUGUGGCUCGGGACCUACGAGACUGCAGAGGAAGCCGCCUGUGCUUAUGACCAGGCGGCCUGCCUUCUCCGAGGCUCAAACACUCGAACCAACUUCGUCACUUGCCUCCCACCCGACUCUGCCCUCGCCUCGCGCAUCAGAAAAAUAUUCAACACCAAGAAGAAUAAUGCAAAGCGGGCUGAUGAUGUGGGAUCGUAUCACCCGAGCCCUCAACACAACAAUUCAUCAUCUCCCUCUAAUAGUACUACUAGUACUAGUGCCAUUCCUAGUACCACUUUCAAGAUUCCAAAUUUUUCUGAUCAGGAAAUUCAAGAAAGUGGGAAAUUGUUUGAGAAUACUUAUAAGCCUGAUCUGAGCACCUGUUCUGAAGAACAGGAACUCAGAUCUUCAUCAUCAUCAUCUUCUUCUUCAUCUUCUCCAGAACCAAAGCCAAUUGUGUCAUGGAAUUUCCAGCAAGGGCUUGAAUUUGCACAAGAAUUGGUGGAUUUCAACAAGACAGCAGAAAUGGGAUUCUCAGAAUUUGAGAGGAUGAAAGUGGAAAGAUCAAUUUCUGCAUCUUUGUAUGCAGUUCAUGGGGUGCAGGAAUAUAUGCAAGCAGUCAAUGAUCCUGCACAUGAAGCUCUCUGGGAUCUUCCCCCUCUCUGUUCUUUGUUGUACUAAAGAUUAAGGUUGUGAAUUUUGUAUUAUUAUUU